CCUCUGCUACGUGUGUGUGGGUGGGUGUUUGCCUUGGUGACGGCAGGUCCAGGCAGGGUGUCUCACAGCAGAAAGCGGAGCUCACUGGUGGAACAGCACAGACGGAUCUCUGACUGACUCCAGACAGACAAAGAAAGGGAACGACUAUGACGAUUGGCAAGACACGUAAGAAGUCCCUCAAGUUCCUGGACCGGGCCGAUGGUUCUUACUGGCUCCUGGAUGAAAUGGAGGUGCCAAGAGAGGGAGAGCCGAUACAACAGGAGCAAGAUAUAGGGAGGAUGGGAAGCGGAGAUGAGCGGGAGGCACAUUCCACGCCAUCGCGCGUGCGGAGUGACAAUCGCGAGCCGGACGUUUUUGAUUUCAAUACAGGCAUGAUGGAGGAUGACGGGACAGCCAUGCUGCUGAGGAGGAAACCAGGUCGCAUCAGCGCCCGCUGGAGACGGAGGGGCGGCUCCAAGAAGUGGUCAGACCGUCGUACGGAGGUCUAUUCCACCAACAAGGAAAACGUGGCCCCCCCAGCGCACAUGACGGAGGUACCGGCACACACCGAGACAACGGAGCCGGCCAAACUAGUUCUGCUCCAUUUCUCUAUGAAAGAUGAUGAAGAUGAUAAGGUUCUGAUUUCUGAGAAGGAAACCAAGAACAGCCAGCAUGCGGAGGAAGAGAUGAAAGCGGUGAAGAAGAAAAGCCUGAGGAAUUACACACGGGCUAUUGACCGAGCUUUCCGAAGAGGCUGGGAGACCUUUGUUGCCAACCUGAAUAGUGUGACUCUCAGUCCUAUCUCCGCUUCACCUCCCUCCUCGCACUCACCGACAGAAAUUGGGCACCGUUCCUCACUUGCGGAAUACAGAUAGAACAAAGCCCAGGAGGCACCUAAAGGAGAGAUUAAUCAAUCUAUUGUAUCUUGAUAUUACUGUAUUUGGAAACGCUUCAUUUUAUCUGCACCUUCAUAAUGCAUUCAUUAUGCACUCAUAGAACACUCAGUGCACCUUCAUAAUGCAUUCAUUAUGCACUCAUAGAACACUCAGUGCACCUUCAUAAUGCAAGUACAGAACAUUCAUAAACAGUAAGUAUACCUUAACAUCUUAAUGUACCUUAACAGCUUUAUUUUAUAUUAAUAACAAAUAUAUAAUAACAACAUACAAUAUAGUAUUCAUAUAUGUAUAAUCAUAUGAAGUUUGUUAUAAAUGUACAUUGAAGGUGAAGGUAUGUUAGGAUGUGAAGGUACACUUACAUGCUGCUUAUGAAUAUUCUGUCAGUGUAUUAUGAAUGCAUUAUGAAGGUACACUGAAUGUUCUAGGAAUGCAUUAUGAAGGUGCACUGAAUGUUUUAUGAAUGCAUUAUGAAGGGGCACUGAAUGUUCUAUGAAUGCAUUAUGAAGGGGCACUGAAUGUUCGAUGAAUGCAUUAUGAAGGUGCACUGAAUGUUCGAUGAAUGCACUAUGAAGGUGCACUGAAUGUUCGAUGAAUGCAUUAUGAAGGUGCACUGAAUGUUUUAUGAAUGCAUUAUGAAGGGGCACUGAAUGUUCUAUGAAUGCAUUAUGAAGGGGCACUGAAUGUUCUAAUGCAUUAUAAAGGUCCAGUUAAAUGUAAAGCUUUACCCUGUAUUUUGUUUCAAGAUGAACGCUUAUAUACAUGUAAAACAAAUUAUUUACAUUAUUUUUUCCUGUAUACUUACAGGCAUUAGUCUAACAUGUCUAAUGUACAACACCUGCAUUGUCCUUGUGUGACAUCAUCUUUCGACAUUAUCGUUCAGUUACCAGGUAUAACAGGUGACCUCAGCCAGAGACCAAAGGUCUGCUUCUGUGACUAAGAAAGUUCAGUGUUACAUAACUGAGUGAUUGACUUUGAACGUCUUAUGAGUAUUGCUGUGACAGCGUCUUGGGCUAUUUGGAAAUGAAAUGUGUAUCUGCAUAGGACAGCAGGACCAUUGAACCCUGUACAUAUGCCAAACCACUAUUAGUGAAAAUCAUCUGUAAGGAAAAUGUUUGUAAAGAAAUUUGUACAUGCAUAUGAUAAAUAGCUCCUGUGACGUGAUAACGUAUGUACAGUCCAGUAAUGAAAAACAAAUUUCUGUUAA